AAAGGAAAGCGGAAAAGACGCUGCGAGCAGGGUGGGCGGCUUUGCUGAGGAUCCGAACGCAACGGAAGGGACGGCCAGGACAAGCGGACAACGAUCGGACCGCCGGGGACACAUUUGACACCGAAUAAAUCCCUCUCGGUGUCGACGUUGACGACUUCGUCAUGGACGUGCGAUAGAAGCGGACCCUGUAGGUGGUGUUCGUGUCACUUCGCGGACUUGUUGUCUCGCGGAGGAAAAAGUGAAGUUUGUGUCACGGACAGCGGCCAUGGAGGGCCACCGAUACGUCCCGCAGGACCGCGGCGGGUCGGCCCUGGAGAAGAACCCGGCCGACCUGACGGUGAUGGACGUGUACGACAUCGCCGCGGCGGUCGGCCACGAGUUUGAGCGGAUCAUCGAUCAGUACGGCUGCGAGGCUCUGUCCCGCCUCAUGCCCAAGGUGGUGAGGGUUCUGGAGAUCCUGGAGGUGAUGGUGAGCCGCCACGGCAUCGGCGGACCCGAGGCCGACGAGCUGCGGCUGGAGCUGGACAAGUUGCGGCUGGAGAGGACGGAAAGACUGGAGAAGGAGAAGAAGCAUCGGAAGGAGCUGGAGCUGGUCGAGGACGUGUGGCGAGGCGAGGCUCAGGAUCUGCUCUGCCAAAUCGCUCAGCUGCAGGAGGAGAACAAGAGCCUCCUCGACAACGUUUCCACGCGAGACCCCGUGAGUGACGAUGACCUGCACAGGAACGACGGCAUGAGCGAGCGUGAGCGUCAGGUGAUGAAGAAGCUGAAGGAGGUGGUGGACAAGCAGCGGGACGAGAUCCGAGCCAAAGACCGCGAGCUGGCGCUCAGAAGCGAAGACAUCGAGGCGCUCCAGCAGCAGCAGUGCCGCCUCAUGAAGAUCAACCACGACCUGCGCCACAAGAUCUCGGUGGUGGAGGCUCAGGGCAAAGCGCUGAUCGAGCAGAAGGUGGAGCUGGAGGCCGGCGCCCAGACCCGCGGUCAGGAAGUGGGUGCCCUUCUGCAGGAAGUGGCGCGCCUCAGGGAGCGGCUCAAGGGCCAAGCCCAGGGAGCCCCGCCCCUGCCCCGCCCCCCUUCGCCAGCCGAGGAGGCUCUGUGCCCGGAGGAGGAGGAGGAGGAGGAGACCACUAUGGAGAUGCCGGACUCCAAGGACCCCAACCGGGCCCGCUUCACCCUGCAGGAGUUGCGGGACGUCCUGCACGAGCGCAACGAGCUCAAAGCCAAAGUCUUCCUGCUGCAGGAGGAGUUGGCCUACUACAAAAGGUCCGCAGCGACGAAACGGAGGACGACACGGCCGGUCCCGGCCUCGAGCCCGAACCCGGGACGAGAUCACGUUCUGCUGUGCAGCCGGAGUCUGGAAUCAAACGCCUGUUUAAUUUUUUUUCCCGUGACAAGCAGCGCAGCUGGCAGAGGGGCAACGCGCACGACGACGACGCGUUCACCGAACAAGCCCAGGAGGCCUUACCGCACAUUUAGACCCGCCGCAUCCAAGACGCCCCUCCCAAAAAAAAAAAAUAAUAAUAAUAAUUUUUUUCUGCAUGUUCCCCAUGAACUGGUGUAAACCAUAACAUACUGUAUGCAAACGAGGCAUUAUUUAAUUCCCGGGUGUUUAUAUUUACAUAUGAAAAAAAUUGAAGGGGAAUUUGCGGCCAAUCGAAACACGUGACGCCAUCCAAGCAUCCGAUUCUGAGCAACAAACAAAAACUACCAAUUUGUAGGCGUUCCAAAAGCACGAGCUCUGGAAUUCACCGUGAAAACAAAAUGUCCGACUUCCUGUUCCAGUCCGAUCACGGGUGCCUUUAGACUUUCUAGUCCUGUGCGGAAAAGCACUUAAAACGUUUGUGCGUUUUUGUGCAUUUCGAGCCCCCCCCACCACCACAAAUAUGAAAUUUAGAUCACAGGUGUCAAACUCAAGGCCCGUGGGGCCAGAUCCGGCCCGCGGAGGCAAAUCAUCCGCGUCAACUUUCACGAUUCUUGUGAAAACAUGCACCAAAAUUUCAAACUUCGUAAAUGAUAACGUUGAGAUAUUAUAAGCAUUUUUGUGUUACCAAAUAUGAAUAAUGUUUGGAAAAACCCCAUUACACUUGACCGCUGAAAAAAUAGUAGAAUAGUAGAAAAAUAGUUUCUAAAUAAAUAUGACGAGGCGAUUAAAGAUUAUAGUUUUAGUCAUAACGGCCCUCUGAGGGAAAUCAUAUUUACAAUGUGGCCCGUGACAAAAAUGAGUUUGACGCCCCUGGGCUAUGUCGUAGGUGUCCCGUUUCAUUGCGGCGGCUCAAACUUAGCCGUCAUCUUUACCCUCAGUUUCGAAUAACUUCCCAUCUCGAGAUUUAAACUUUAUGCAGACAUUAUACCCGCUUAAAAAACAAUGUAACAAAAAAAAAAAAAAAAAAAUAUGUAACACCCCCAGAACAAACGACUGAAAAAGGCUGAGGUGAUUCCAGUCGUUGGACAAAAUUUCUAGUCCGUCUGAAGCAUCACCGGAAAUGUCCUAAAUUAGGCUAAAAUGGCCGCUUCAAAACCAAAAUGGUUGCCUGUGCGUCUUUGUGGCCGUGACUUGAAAAAGGGCGACCCCGCCCCCACAUCACCGCACUGAAGGGAAAAUAUAUAGAUAUUCAUAAAACUCAUAAACACUGCCAGUUAUAUGGAAGUAAGGAUUUUGAGUAGCAAAAUUCCUGCUAUGUGAUUGGAAAAGGAAAGUACCGUAAUUCCCGGCUUACAGAGCGCACCCACCCAGUACAUUUGUAAAGGAAAUACCAUUUGGUACACACGUACGCCGCAGCUGUGUGAAAGCCACAAGUGCCCACGUUGAAACACGUGAUAUUUACAUAGAGAGUUUAACUCUAGCACCGCGCUAACACUAGCGCCACACUAGCACCCCGCUAACGCUAGCACCGCACUAACGCCACGCUAAUGCUAGAACUUAUCUCGUGUCACUUUUUUGGAGCCAUGAUUGGGGGUUAAUAGUCCUCGAUAGGAAGAAAAAAACAGUCAGUAAAUGUAGCUAACAGCUGAGCCCCCGUAGCUCGGUGGUUAGAGCACCGGUUUGGUAAACCAGGGGUUGUGGGUUCGUAUCCCACUGGGGCCUCCACUCCCUGAGAAGAGUUGCGUAAAAAUUGUGCCAAACAUAUAUGUGCGUUCAUCUGAGAUGACACGCUGCGGCGACCCCGAAAGGGACAAGUUGAAAGAAACUUGCUAAAUUUAGCUAACAGCUAACGCCGCGCUAACCUGACCGGUUUAAAAAAAAAAAAAAACCCCAACAACAUACCAGUAAAAAUCACGGAGACACAGCAGCAAAAUGCUAGUACAGGGCUGAACCGGUAAAAGUCACUUCCUUGGCACAUAUAUUCCACCGGUCUCAUGCUUACCUUUUCCGCUCGAGUCCGUUAGGAAAAAAAAAAAAAAAGCACAAAUUUUCCGCAUCUUCGCAUAAACCGUUGAAAGCGUGUGGGGGGAAAAAGUCGCGGCUUAUAGGCCGGAAAUUACGGUACUUUCAUAAAAAAUUUUGACAACUGCACAGAAGUUUUGAAGCCUGACUGGAUUUACGGAUUGUAUUUUUUUGCGCACUGAAUAUUUGUAACCUAUGUAGGCUGCAGACAUAUUUUAUUAUUUUUGCAUGGUGGAAAAAAAGAAAAGCCGAGUGAAAUGUUAUUUUCAUAUGACAACUUUAUUCCUAAAGCCCAGCAUUAUGACUUAUUAGCUGCUAUAGCACCCAUGGCGACGUUUUAAAAUGGCGGCCACUCUUGCAACAUAUCAAUCGGUGGGGAAAAAAGACAAACGCUGAUAACGGGCUGCUUAUUUCUUUUGAAAUAAAUCCAGAAAUGUAAUAACACACUGAAUAUGUUGCGUUGUCGUCCAUGUUUAAACAACGCGUACGACGUAUAAAAAUAAAACUACCGACGUCCUAUAAUCGGUGGUUCUCAACCGGUGUGACCCUUAGACCCGAAGAGUCACGACUCACUUUUAUAGAAGUAUAAAACAAUAAAGUUUUGUUUGUCUGAAAACACGUAAAGUACAUUAUUUAGGUUUCAAAUAAUUUGACGCCGCCAAAAGCAAACGGCUAGCCACGUUCCUCGUUUGGCUGAAGCUGAGCUGCGCUGCGCUGCGUUGCGUUUGUUUACUUUUGUUGCACUACUUGAGAAUACUUGUUUAGUGAAUACUCGGUUCUCGGACGUCGCCGUUUUCGAACCAAAAUUUUGGUACUCGAACGCCCCCGACAAAACCCGGAAAUAACAUAACGACUGAACUCCCAGGCUCGCCUGCUCAAGUAUAAGUACAUACUUAUACUUAAGUAUAUACCUGCUAAAGUAUACAUUCUCAAUUUACAUUUUUUUUCAAUUUACAUUCUACAUUUAAAUAAAAAAAAAAUUCUGACCUUAUUUUUAUCUUUGUAAGAUUCCAGCUCUUUCUCCUCUAAAAGUGCAUAAUUCUCCAUUCAUUCUAAAAUUAAAACAUUUUCAAAAUAUCUCAACCCCCCCCCUUCCCCCCCAAAAAAUAUAGCUAGUUAAUUAGAAAAUUCAUACUUUGUUUUUAUUCUGGUAACGUUUCAACUUUUAUUGUCAUCCCAAUCUAAAGUAUGAUAUGAUUACGACGAUCCUUGUAGGAUUAAAAAAAAAAAGAAAUAUUAAUUCUCAAAAAGACCUUUUCCCCCCAAAACUGGACUUUAACCUUGGAAGAUUAUAUUACUAUUAUGUAUUUUUUUUUUUACAUUGUAAAAUUACUUUUCUCCUAUGAAAUCUAACCUUCAAUCUCUACGAUUAUGACUAAUUAGUAUUUUAUUCUUGGACUAUUUUAUUGUUAACGUCACUGCUCUCACAAGACUUAUUCUUGCAUAUAUAUAUAUUUUUUUUUUAUUUAAUUUUUUCCCAGGUAUUUUUUUUCUUGACUUUUUUUCCCCCCGCCUU